AUGCUUGGGAAUGAUAAGAAGAAGCAUAACGAUGUGAAAAAAUGCUUUUCGACUUAUGUAAAGGGAAGGGUUGAGGCUGCUGGUCUAUUGCCUUUGUUGACAUGCAACCUUCCCUCUGUUGACAAGACCAUGCUAACAACAUUUGUGGAGAGAUGGCAGCCGGAGACAUCCUCUUUCCAUAUGUCAUUUGGGGAGAUGACCAUCACACUGGAUGAUGUUAGUUCUUUGCUACACAUUCCUGUGAAGGGAAAAUUCUUCACUCUCCCAGUCCUGACUCGUGAGGAUGCAGCCAGUGCAUUGCAUAAACAGCUUGGUGUUACACAAGCAAAUGCUGAAGAGGAGAUCCGGAAGUCCUUAAGACCUUAUGCUCGUUACACAUGGUUGUUGAAGGUGGCUGAGAACAUGGCUAAGGAAGGAAAGACCAAGAAAGCUGCUAGAGCCUUCUUGCUGCGUUUGGUGGGCAUGACGAUUUUCUGUGGGAAGACAAACAACAAGGUGAAUGUUGCAUAUUUGGGGAUGUUCAUGGAUUUGGAAAGGGUUGGGGAGUAUGCAUGGGGCGCCAUGGCAUUGGCUUUCCUUUAUGACCAGCUGGAGGACGCCACCAAGGUCUACACUACUAGUCUUGUAGGAUACUUAAAUCUGUUUCAGGCAUGGAUAUUUGAGCACUUCCCUGCUUCAUUGUUUGAUAGAAACCUGAACAGGAAAUACAGUGAGAAAGACCCGCGAGCUUGCAAAUGGGUCACCAAGAGGGGGACUGUGGACCUGCAUGCGAAGAGGCUAAUCCUAGAUGACCUUAGGGAAAACAAUGUUAUAUGGACUCCAUAUGACGGACAUAGAGUGGAUUGGCCCUUUCAGCAGGAGUGUCUUUACAGUGGGUGGAUUCGGCAUUCAGGCAUCAUCCGGCCAUAUCUGCCAGAGCGUGUGUUGAGGCAGUUCCAUAUGCUCUAG